GUGAAACAGAUAGCAAUAUUUUAGAAAAUACUAUUUCAAAUAAAUAUCUUAAAUCUAAAAAUCCUGCUAAAGAACAACUUGAAGCUAGAAUUUCUAAAUAUCUUCUAAAGCCCCCAACAGAUAAUUGGAUUAAAGAAUUUCAAGAAAAACUUCUUAAAGCAACUAUUUCUAAUAAAUGGGCAUUUUGGUGGAUAGAGAAUGAUAAAUCAUUAGAACUUCUUUAUUUUCUCAAUCUUGCACUACAACUUAAGAUCAAUUCAAUUCCAUCUAGUCGAAUAUUAAGAGGAAGACUUCUUAAUAAUGCUGCAAAUAAACUUCAAACUAAAACAUUAGAAAUUAUAAAAAAUGCCAAAGCUAUUACUCUUACUUUUGACGGAUAG